AUGUGUGAUGUUUGUUCCGAGUUUUCACAUCUUUUAGUGAAUUGUGAAACGAGAUUAACCGAUGAUGUGUCCCAAUACCCAAGUAUAAGUCAGUCUGAACUGGAAGUAGUCCUUAAUUACAUUCUUUCUUGGCCACAAAGGCAAUGUAUGUGCUGUUAUCGAGAUGUUAAAAAUUUUGAAAGAUUUUACCUGGUGGUUCAAAGUGUAUUGUGCUUAUCUGUGUGUCAACUCAAACUAUUGAAAGAUGACUUAAUAGAAGCAGCUAAGUCUUCUCCACCUGAUGACACACAUGAGCAAGAAAGGCGGCAUGAAUCUACUGCUAUUUCUAAAAAUGAAAAUAACCAUCAAUCAAAAGAUGAUGAACCAGAUGAUGAUGGUAAUAAAUCAGAGGAUAAGCAGGAGCAAACAAUUGAGGAUAAUUCCCAUAUUGAGAACUCUCCCUCAAGUGAUACAGAAGUAUGGUCAAUGCAACAGAAAGAAAAACUUAUGCAUAUUGUUUCUAAAAUUUUCUUACUUAAUUUUCCAUUAUACUUAGCAUGUAAGCAUUCAGCAUUGAGCCGUUUAGAUGACCUAUCAGCACAAGAAAUAUCCAACUUAAGUUCUUACUGUGAUCUUCAUGAUACAGAAAUACCUGCUUAUCUAUUGCGCAAUGUAAGCCUGUUUUGUAAACUUGGCGGUGUGUGUGCAAUGACAUCAGUCUUUGAACAUGCAACUCCAAGCACUCUCCCACUAUCAAUGGCUCAUGCAAUAGUCGCUGCUGUUGGAAAUCUGAAACUGUGGUUAAAUUUUAGAGCAGUAGCCCAGCUGUUCAUGCCACUGAGAACUAAAAUAUUAAAAUACAUGUGUAAUUUAGAGGACAAAGAUUUAAGGGUACCAGCUGUGAAGUCUAUGGCGGAUUUUAUGUGGGGUGCAGCUAAGGAACCUUUAGAUGCUCCUCUAGCCUUUGAUGGUGAUGGACUUGCAUUGGCUUUCAAAUAUUUUAACAGCAGUACCCUUACAAUGCGACUAGCUGGUGUUGCCCAAAUUAAUGCACAUAUUGCUGCCCAUAAUGAACUAUGUGCAGGAGAACCAGCUGCUGAUGCUGAAUUGGCUGGUCAGCAACUUGCUACAUGGUUAACAAAUAAUAAUAUCAUCGAACAUCUGUUUGGACCUAACUUACAUGUUGAGGUAAUAAAACAAUCGCACAUGAUACUGAAAUUUCUCGCGGUGGAGGGUCGUGUUACACCUGAGCAUAUAGAGUUAGUGUGGGCAGCAGCUCAGCUUAAACACUGUGGCCGCCAGGUGUAUGAUUUGUUACCUGGCUUUAUAAGAGCAUUAGCACCGAAACCAUGCACACAUCUUUACAGUCUGUUGUGUGCUUUACCCCCAAAGGAUCAUACUGAACAGAGUCUGUAUUUGGCGUCGGCACUGAUGCGUGCAAUGUGGGCUCGUGGUGGCGGAGGUUCCCUGGGUUCCCCUCCUCCUCCAGAUGAGCCGCGCCAGCCGCCCCCUGCUUGCAAGCCUCAUCACAACUCUUCCUCUGAGGCUAGCGUCAGCAUGGACCAAACUAACUCAGACGAUGACCCGUGUGAAGAAUUAAGCACGUCGGGUGAAGAAGUCGGUCCGACGCCGCGGAAACAAAGCAAGCAUCAACGUGAAUUGACUGCUGAACAAGAUUGGCUGCGUGAAGGAGAAGAGCUUACUAAAAAAGAAUGUCCUACUCUUAAGUCAUGUCAUAAGCGCAGUAAACGUGCGGGCAGCAGCGGUAGCGCGAGCAGCGGGGCAGAGGAACUGCUGCGUCCUCGCAAGAAGAAGCUGUACAAGAAGCGCCACAAGCCCGGCAAGGCGAGGCAUUUCCUAGCAACCCAACUGAAAACGGCUGACCUGGCUGAGUCUGUAUCCGAAGUUGAAGAAGAGUCAUCAGGCAGCGACACAGCCCACUGUCAGCUUUUAUGCGAUAAUGUUGACGCAAGAAGACUAAUGGAGCUACGGUUAAUGGAGAGCUACAAACGACGUGGGGAGGAGGAAGAGGGCAGUGCGUCUUCUGUGAUCUCGCCGCACUCACAUCGUCAUCUGCCGGAUUUAGACGAAGAUGACUCAGCGUGUGAGGAGGAACUGGCUAGGCUGGCAGUACAAGCGCAAUGUUUGACGGAGUAUCGCGGUGCGAGGCCGCCAUCGCCGGCGGCGCCGUUGCCUUUCAGCGUGGACGAUGUGUGUCGACCCGGCAACACGCUGCUCUGGGACUUGCUGCAGGACGGCGCCAUUGAACAACUUGGCGAGGGACUUGCGCUAGAAGCAGAAAAGGCGCUGUGCGCGUUGCUGUGUUUUAGCACAGACAAGUUUAUCCGUAUCAAAUUUAUUGAGGGCUGUCUUGACAAUUUAGCUAAUCAUAGAUCUGUUGCUGUUUCCUUACGUUUACUACCGAAGUUGUUUUCUUCAUUUCAACAGUUACGAGGAAUGGAUAUGCAUCAGGUGGUGAUGUGGGCGGAGCGCGAACGCGGCAUGAUGCGGCUGUUCCUGGAGGACCUGCGGCACUACAGCGCACAGGCGCGCGCGCCCGGAGACGCGGCGCACUACGCGCACAUCACCGAGCUCACCGUGCGCCUGCACUUCCUCACCGCCAUCUUCUCGCCCGUCGGCUCGCCGCAUCACUUCCGAUUGACCGUGGAACAAGUUGAGGAGUUAUGGCAAUGCCUGGUGGUACGAGGCAGCAGUGAAUGCGCGGACUGCUUGUACUCGUGGCUACUGUCGCACACCAAAUCGCCCGAGCAACACGCCUUAGGCCUCGACGCGCUGCGCUUCUUGUACGUCGAGAAGAUGCCUACACUGGAUCCUGAAACAAUAAGUAUCAUGGGGCUGAGCUUGUACCAGCAGUUGUGCAACUUGGCUCGUAUGGCGUUGGGCUCUGGCGAUUCCCGGGACGCAGCUCAUCCGCACACGCUCGCAAUGGACCAUCUGUGGAAGAUCGCGCUAAGGGCAAAUAGCACAGAUGUUUCAAUGGGUGCAAUACAAUAUUUAAACAGCUACUACAUGGGUCAACAAUUACAACAAGAAGACGACUUUGUCUCCAAAUGCAUGUUUCAUCUCUCAUCGGCCGCAGAAAGAUUAAUGUCUAAGAGCCAGGACAAUGAAGAAGCUGCUGUGACAAAAACUGGGGAACAUGAAGACAAGAAGAGUCCAGAGAACAUAACUGACAAACAGAACAUUUAUGAGCAUAUGACAGAAGAAGCCGCAUUACAAUGUAUACAGAGGGCACUGCUGUUACUAAAAACACAUUUAGACACUUUCAAAAGAAGGUACGCGUACCACCUGCGGCGCUGGGCGCUGGCGGAGUCAGGCGCGUGGGAGGGCGCGGGCGGCGCGGGCACCGUGCGCCUCACGCUGCAGCCGGCCGGUGCCGGCCCGCGCGCCACCCUCACGCUGCACCACGCCGACCUGGUGGCGCACCUGCGCGCGCACGUGCACGUCUGGUGGGAGAAGCAGAUUCAAGGUGAAGAGGGUGUUACCGCGCUAUCGACGGACGGUCCUCUGCGAAUGAUCACUCAAGGCCAAGAGUUGACAAUAGACUAUGACGAGAGGACGUUAUAUGAUAUGGGGUUUAAGGACAACCAGCUGGUGUUCGUGUCGGUGGGCGUGGGCGGGCGUGGCGCGUGGGCCGAGUGGCCGGCCGCGCAGCCGGCGCCGGCUCGCGCGCGCCUGCCCACGCUGCUGCUGCUCGAUCCAGUCUACUUCCACCAGCUCUUCACGCUCAUGCAGGCGCUUGGCCAGAUGAACGAGCCCGCCACCAAUGCCGAACUCGUAGCGCAUACAAAAGCGCAGUUGUUAUCAAGACGUGUAUGGGAUAUACUUCAGGCGGUGCCCUUAAAUCCGACUCUUCUAGAAGCUUUCCAAAAUCCGAUUGAAAGCAAACUGCCGGAGUUACUCGAUCCAACUAGUCCACAGAAGCUUAUGUAUUCGCUUCACAUAAUAGAUAAAUUAAGCUCAAAUAAUAACAGUUCAAAUGUGCAAGAGUCGCCUGGAAGCAUUGAAAAAAGCGAAGAAGAGAAGGAAGCUGUAGAAAACUGGAAUGAGCUUUUUAUUAAGAAAGGUGGAUUAAGGAUAUUAUAUGACAUCAUGAUGUCAGGAGUGCUUCAACGGAAUGAUGACAGUGAAUGGAGACAAGAUUGUUUAGCGUUGCUGCUACAAUUAUUGUGCCGUAUCGGCACGUUGCCUUCUUCAGAUCCAGCUCUGACGCCUAAACUACAUCCGGCCUUGCUGUCUCUUAUGAAUGUCGAAGAAACGACGGAGAGGUUGAUAUCGAUAUUAUGUGAAGCAGCUGCAGUAAAGGAGCCAACGACCUAUAAGACCGGGUUCUGGGGUAGAGCGCAGGUGGUGCAGCACGCGAUGCGGCUGUGCGUGUGGUGGGCACGCGGCGGCGGCGACGCGCCCGCGCUGGCCUGGUCACUGCGCCGCGCUGCGCCGCGCCUGCUGCUCGACGACGCCGAGCCCGCCGUGCGGCGCGAGGCGGGCAGCGCACUGUACCGGCUAUGCGCGGGCGGCGAGGUGGCGGUGCUGGCGCCGCUGCUGCAGCUGCUGCUGGAGCACCUGCCGCGCGCCGCCGACAUGCGUCCGCACCACGCGCACUCGCACCACCACCACCACGAGGCUGUUCAUCAUGCUGAAGAAGGCAAAGAACCUUAUGGACCUGCGUGCCGAGAUUAUUUUUGGCUUGUUUGUAGGCUCAUAGAUGGUUUGCCGGAAGACUUUUUCAAAGAUGGCGCUACUUCUGAAGACAGCGGUGCCCCGGAUCUGAAUGAACUUUGCGAACAGAUUCGGUUAUCUCUCGAGAAAAGAGAAAUUAUAGAAAAGCGUUCGGAACCUUGCACGCCUGAUGAUGGAUUAUACGGGCAACUAAGCUUGAUGACGCAUCUUUUGAAGCAUCCGUUAAGGUUUAAGACUUCAGAGCAGGGGACUAGAACGUUAGAAAUGGUCUUUGGAUUUCUCUUCGACGUUCCGAAUCCCGAGCAACGUAACUUACCCAAAUGCAAGUCGCAGAAAUCUCGCGCAGCUGCGUACGACUUGCUCGUUGAACUAGUGCGCGGUGCACCUGACAAUUACAUGGUGCUGCACAAUAAACUUAUGGAGCACCAUAAACCAGGGCCCCAGUCGGGCUACCCAUGGGACUACUGGCCGGCGGAGGAAUCGCGCUCGGAGUGCGGCUACGUGGGGCUGACGAACUUGGGCGCCACGUGCUACAUGGCGUCGUGCAUGCAGCACCUGUAUAUGAUGCCGCAGGCGCGCGCCGCCGUGCUGCGCGCGGAUCCGUCGCGCAGCCGCCACGCCACCACGCUGCACGAGAUGCAGCGCAUGUUCGCAUACCUCAUGCACCUGUAUAUGAUGCCGCAGGCGCGCGUUGCCGUGCUGCGCGCCGAUCUGUCGCGCAGCCGCCACGCCACCUCGCUGCACGAGAUGCAGCGCAUGUUCGCAUACCUCAUGGAAAGUGAACGGAAGGCUUACAAUCCCCGAAGCUUCUGUAAAGUAUAUCAAAUGGACCACCAGCCACUGAACACGGGCGAACAGAAGGACAUGGCGGAAUUUUUUAUAGAUCUCGUUUCCAAACUAGAAGAAAUGACACCCGAGCUUAAGAAGCUAGUCAAGACACUAUUUUGCGGAGUGCUCAGCAACAAUGUUGUUUCUUUGGAUUGUCCGCACGUGUCCCGCACACUGGAGGAGUUCUACACGGUGCGGUGUCAGGUCGCCGAUAUGCGUAAUUUGCACCAAAGUCUCGAUGAAGUCACCGUAAAGGAUACCCUGGAGGGCGACAAUUGCUACACCUGCUCGCAGUGUGCGGCAAAAGUACGGGCUGAGAAGAGGGCGUGCUUCAAGAAGCUGCCUCGUAUCCUUUGUUUCAACACAAUGCGAUAUACAUUCAACAUGCUGACGAUGUUGAAAGAAAAGGUCAACACGCACUUCUCGUUCCCCAUGCGCUUAGAUAUGUCCGGAUAUGUAGAAAAACAUCUGAUGCCUGCCCAAUAUCAAGAAGAGAAAAGAAAGUCGGAAGAGCUCAAAAAAGAUUGCGAGGGAAGUCCAAGUGCUGAGAGUGAGGAUAACUCAGAGUUUGAAGAACACUAUGAAUACGAGCUGAUCGGUGUGACGGUACACACGGGCACGGCGGACGGCGGGCACUACUACUCGUUCAUUCGCGAGCGCGAGCGUGAGCACGCCGACCGCUGGCUGCUGUUCAACGACGCCGAGGUCAAGCCUUUCGACCCCGCGCACAUUGCAGCAGAGUGCUUCGGCGGCGAGAUGACGAGUAAAACAUACGAUUCAGUAACGGAUAAGUUCAUGGACUUCUCGUUCGAGAAGACGAACAGUGCGUACAUGCUUUUCUACGAACUGAGUCCGCCGCGAGCGCAGCGCGGUUCGGACUGCGGUCAGCAGGAAGAGGCACAGUCGUCCACCGCUGAAGAGUCGAGUGCCACUUCUCCGUUGGAGCGGCGGUGCAGUGACAGCGCACCAGCCGUCUCGUUGCCACCCGAUUUGCUUAAGUGGAUCUGGGAUGACAAUAUGCAGUUUCUUCACGAUAAAAACAUAUUCCAGCACGCAUAUUUCACGUUCAUGGGACAGAUGUGUAGUUCGGUGCCACAGUCACUACUAACGCUCCGACCUGAGAUCACCGAGGUCGCUGCGCGCCUCUCGACUUCCUUCUUCAUCGAAACAUUCAUACAUGCUAAAGAAAAGCCGACUAUGGUGUCUUGGGUGGAGCUAGUAACAAAACAGUUCAACGCGUCAGCGGCUGCGUCAGAAUGGUUCCUUGGUCAUAUGGCGGACGACACUUGGUGGCCUAUGCAGGUGUUAAUAAAAUGUCCAAAUCAAAUGGUGCGUCAAAUGUUCCAGAGGCUAUGUAUGCAUGUAAUUCAAAGGCUGAGAUCUAGUCAUUGUGCCUUAUACCUGCAGGGUAUGGAGGAAGGGGAAGAUAAUAGUAAAUUGGGUGAAGCAAGUUGUGUUACUAGGUUUAUAAGAAUGUUAUUAUCGUUGAUGGAAAAUGGUGCGCGAUCACAUCUGCGACACUUGACGGAGUACUUUAGUCUGUUGUAUGAAUUCAGCAAAAUGGGUGAGGAAGAAGGCAAAUUUAUGUUGAGGAUCAAUGCCAUUUCAAGCAUGGUCAGCUUCUAUCUCGGACAGAAUUCUGCUUCGGCGGAGUCUCCAUCCGAAGAGGCCGGUGGUAGCGGGGCUAGUGCUGGUGGAGGGACAGAGAGUGGAGACAAGCUGCGGCCCGGCGCGCUCGACAAGAUGGUGGCGCUGGUGGCCGGGCUCGUGGAGCGCUCGCGCGACGCCAGCGGACACCUCGCACUGCCCGAGCCCGACGCGCGCGCGCUGCUGCAUGCCAAGGGGUUUCCAUUUAUAUACCAACAGACUCGAGACUGUUUAAACUUGCAACAGACACGGUCGCUUAUCUUCGCACUUUGCCGGUGGAACGAAGCAUUAGCGCAAAAGAUCGUCAACAUGAUUUUUCAAGCAAUCGCUAAACAUUCUGAGAGCUGCGGCGCGCUGUUCAAGCUGCUGACUCUGUUGGUGGAGGGCAGCGGUGGUGGGAGCGGUGGCGGGGGAGGGGGAGGUGGUGCGGCGUCGAGCGGCCUGCCGUGCUUCACGCAGCUGGUGCUGGCGCGCUUGUGGGACGCCGCCGACGUCUGCCCGCACGCCGCGCUCGAGUGGCUCGCUCUGCAGGUCACUACUAACCGUGCCGCGCAACAAGGCGGCGCACGCGUGGGCAUUGCGCACGGCCGACCGCUGGGUGGAGCAGCAGCUGCUGGCCGCGGGCGCGGCGCGCGUUCGCGCGGCGGCCGCGCUGCUGCUGGUGGCGCUAGUGCCGUCGCAGCACUUCCGCGCUGGCUACGCGCGCGCGCCCGCCCCGCCCCCGCGCCCGCGCCCGCCGCGCAUCCGCACCCGCACCUCGCUAAGCUGCCCGACACUGCGCACCACGCGCUGCAUCAGGUGUACACGAUGUUACUUGGAAAAUUAAAAGCAGCGAAAAAGUACACGGACAUCGCCGUCCAUGGUACGAUGAAGCUAACGGCGUACUUCGGGGUUAUGUCGUACUGCGUCGUCAGCCGAGUGGAAAAGUUAAUGUUUGGUCAGUACUUCAACGACCUGUGGGAUCUGUACCACCCGGCGAUCUCGGAGCCGUCGGUGGCCGUGCACCCCAACAAGCAGGCGCUGCUCACGUUCUGGCACGCCGUGUGUGUCGACUGCCCCGAGAACGUGCAGCUGGCCGUCGCCAAUCCCCGCCUCACCAAGCACAUCGCCUUCAACUACAUACUCGCGGACCACGAGGACGGCGAGGUGGUGGCGUACAACCGCGCGAUGCUGCCGCCGUACUACGCGCUGCUGCGGCUGUGCUGCCGGCGCUCCGGCUCGUUCGCGCGCAGCCUGGCGCAGCACCAGAACAUCCACUGGGCCUUCCGCAACAUCGCGCCGCACGCGCACCUCUACCCGGCUGCCGCCGACGAGCUACUGCGGCUAGCACGUAUCCUGGCGGCGCGCGGUGGGGGUGGCGGGGGUUUAAAUGGCAGAACGUGUUGGACGACAUUAAUUUCGGCGUUCUGCACGUUAGUAGAAAACGAGGACGACAGACUGUAUGUAGUUUACAACGGUGGCUUGCAGAUGACUUUUGAAGCGCUGCACAGCCUGCACGCAGUGUACGUGGAGGGGGGCGGUGUUGCGGGUGCGGGCGCGGGGUCGGUGCGCGCCGAGCUGACGGCGGCGCUGCGCUGGGCGCGCGCGCUGUGCCGCACGCUGCGCACGCGGCGCGACGCCAAGGAGGCGCGCGCGCUGCUGCUGGCCUGCAAGGACUGGCCCGAGUGCGCGCGCCGCCUGCUCACCAUGCUCAACCUGCACCAGCGCCUCACGCACCUGCGCCUGGCUGCCAUAGGCGUGCUGCGCGAGCUGGUGCUGAUCGGCGGCGGCGCGGCGCUGGGUGCGCUGGUGCCGCUGGCGGCGGGUGCGCACGCGGCGGCGCGCUCCGCCCCGCGCCCCCCGCGCGCGCACGCCUCACGCCGCGCACUCGCCGCGGCCCCACGCGCCCCUCGCGCCCCUCGCGCCGCUUGCGCCAGUCUACCGGCCCUACCACAAGUUCAUCGGUGA